GUGCGAUCUUUCCACACCGACCGACAGGACCACCGCAUGAUGGAGGACAAACCUCGCAAGAAGCGGAGUCGGUUCAGUGAGGCCGAACCAGCAGAAGGUGAAAUUCCUGCGGCACUAUCUACCUUGAAUGCUGGAGAGGUGCCCAAGAAGCCCAGGAUCGACCCGGCAGCGCUCGCGAAAGCGGCAGCAGCCGCCAUCUCGAAGCAGUUGCCGAAACACAUUGGCGCACCGCUCACCGCCCACGACAAAGAAAAAGCGCGUGAAGCGGCUGAAAAGGAGGCUCGCAUACAACAAAUAUUAAAGUCCACACGAGAACAAAUCAGCCAGGUGCAGAAUUUGUGGACAGGGUAUGAGAAGAAGUCCUUCAUGCCGGCACCGUUGCUGUUGGAUGAACAAGGCCGCCAUAUCGACGCGGACGGCAACGUUAUCGAGUCUACUGUCGCUACACACGCCACGAUAAAAGCCAACAUUAGUGUGGCCGAUGCUCAGAAAGAAGCCCCGCAGGCGGUGAACCCGUACUUAUCUUUCCGGUCCAUUGACAAGGACGACCGCGUGGACUCAGUGGAUCCCCGUCUUAAGACGAAAAAGCGAGAAACACGAGGUGCCAAGAACUUCAAUUUCGUUAAACAAGGUACGUUCGUUAAACAAGGCGAACAAAUGCGCGCAAAGGAAGCCAAGAAAAUGCUCGCGGGGUUCUCGUCCGGGCGGAAUCCGAACGCGUACGUCAAGGAGACUGUGGCCGACAUUCCGGAUGCCGCCGGGCCGACGGGUGAUGGCGACGCUACCACGCCAGCGAUUGUAGACGUCCCGAUGAAACCCGAUGCACCCGUGCCGGAAAUCGAGUGGUGGGACAUUAUCUUUCUCCCCAAGGACAAGCAAGACUUGGUCGACAAGCACGGGUUUACCAAAGCCAUCGGCCGCACGAGCGUCCUCGAUUACCUCGUCGAUUUGCGGCUGAAGCACGCGGGCACGUCACACUUGAUCGAACACCCGGCUCGCAUUAAAACAACACGCAAAGAACAGAUCGUGACUCUGCCGAUCAUGCUCACCAAGGCCGAACGAAAGCGUAUCCGCCGCACGACGCGUGCUGAGCGGCUCAAGGAGACCCAAGACAAGAUUGCGCUCGGGUUGUUACCCCCGCCAGAGCCCAAGGUAAAGCUGGCCAACAUGAUGCGCGUACUGCAAGACCAGGCCGUGGCCGACCCGUCCGCCGUGGAACGCAAAGUCCGGGCGCAGGUGGCGCAGCGAGAACUCAACCACGAGAUGCGUAACUUGGCACGGAAGCUGACACCAGAGGAACGACGAGAAAAAACCCUGGCCAAACUCAAGAAGGAUGCAGCUGGGGACAUUUGCGUUGCCGUUUUCAAAGUGCCGACGCUCGAGCAUCCCCAGCACAAGUUUAAAGUCGAUGUGAAUGCCCAGCAGCUGCAGUUAACCGGCGCCGUACUCACGGUGACCGACAAUGCGGCGCUAAAUCUGGUUGUGGUUGAGGGAGGUCCGAAGGGCAUCAAGGCAUACGUGAAGCUCAUGUGCCGUCGGAUCGAUUGGUCUCUCAAGCCAGCCAAAGAAGAGAAUGCUGAGGAUGAAGAUGGCGAAGACGGAGGGAACAACGAAAAAGAUGUGGACAACGACGGCGAAGCAGAUGAGGCCGGCAAGAAGAAGGCCAAGUGCUACUUGGUUUGGCAGGGGGUCGUCGCCAAACGCGCGUUUUCCAACUUUCGAUUCCAGGAGUGCCGGAAUGCAAUCACGGCACGCAAAGUCCUCGAAACAAAGCACGUCGAGCAGUACUGGGACAUGGUCGAGUCGUACAACCCCAAGCUGGAUGGCUCUCUCGAUGACGAUAAUGAAUGACAAAGCGACUACAUGCUUGGGGGGUAAAUUUUUCCAACUUUAGUUGAAUUGUGACAUUUUACCAGAGUUCGUACACGACUGUAUUAAUAUUUUGGUUUGUCGAUGUCAUUCUUCUAUUAGUAGAACUAUGUGAAGGCUCCAAAUUAAAAAAAACGAGUGUGAUUGAAUAAAUAUUUUUAUAGCCA